AGUAAACUCAGCCCAUUCCCUCCUUUUUUUCACUCCUCUCUCUUUCUCUCUCUGCAAUUAAUCGAUCUCUGCUCUGAUCGAUCUCGUUCGCGUAUCUUAGCUGGAGAAUUGGUGGAUGCGACGGUGAUUCAUACCAAUCGGUUGUUGUUUACUGAAUUGAGUAUUGAUUUGCGGUUGAUUUGUGCAGUUACUUUAAUUUUGCUUUAAUUUCUGGAAAUGAGGAGAAUGCAUGUUGAUUUUACUAAUUUUGGUUCUGUUUUGGUAGUUUCUAGGGCCGGAAUUUUACUUGUGACGUGAAUCAAUGCCAUAUCGGUUUGUUGUUUUACUAGCAUUGUAUGCUGGAUAUCUACAUUGGAUAGGAAUUUGUUUCAUGAUGGUAUAUGUGUGAUUGGCUGGUUGAAAUUGAUUUAAAAUCACGGAUCUAGGCGAUUAUGCAAAUUUGAAGAUAGUUUAGCUACUAUAGUUGACUUCAGCGCUGUUUUCCUAAGAAUUGUAUGAUAUUUAGUAAACUUCGUCGAUCAAGUAGAAAUAUCCAUGAGAUGUGCUACUUUUAUUAUCAAAUUUAUUUGUGUUACACACCGGUAGAUAUAGUGCUGAUGUAGCUUGUGCAUUGUGUCCUGACAUUUCUUUUUGUCCUUCCGUUCAUGUUCUGGCGACUGACCAUGAAUAAAAUCAAUGGUGACAGAUGGAGCAGUAUGAAAAAGUGGAGAAGAUUGGCGAGGGAACAUAUGGAGUAGUAUACAAAGCUCGUGAUCGUGUAACUAAUGAAACCAUUGCCCUGAAGAAAAUCAGGCUGGAGCAAGAGGAUGAGGGGGUGCCAAGCACUGCUAUCAGAGAGAUUUCUCUUUUAAAAGAGAUGCAGCAUGGAAAUAUUGUAAGGUUGCAGGAUGUGGUGCACAGUGAGAAGCGUUUGUAUUUGGUAUUUGAAUACCUGGACUUGGAUUUGAAGAAACACAUGGAUUCUUGUCCAGAGUUCUCACAGGAUCCUCGUCUGAUAAAAACGUUUCUGUAUCAAAUACUAUGUGGAAUUGCCUAUUGUCAUUCUCAUCGUGUUCUUCAUCGAGACUUGAAACCUCAAAACUUGCUAAUAGAUCGGCGUACCAAUGCACUGAAACUUGCAGACUUUGGACUGGCCAGAGCAUUUGGUAUUCCUGUCAGGACAUUUACACAUGAGGUUGUGACUCUAUGGUACAGGGCUCCAGAGAUUCUCCUUGGUUCGCGGCACUAUUCUACUCCUGUUGAUGUGUGGUCCGUUGGCUGUAUAUUUGCUGAGAUGGUAAACAAGCAGGCAUUGUUUCCUGGGGACUCUGAAAUUGAUGAACUCUUCAGAAUUUUUAGGGUCAUGGGCACCCCAACUGAGGACACAUGGCCUGGAGUAACAUCCCUGCCCGAUUUUAAAUCAUCAUUUCCAAAGUGGCCGUCCAAGGAUCUGGCAACUGUGGUACCAAAUCUUGAUUCAUUUGGCCUUGACCUCCUUCGUAAAAUGCUGUGCUUAGAUCCUAGCAAAAGAAUCACGGCAAGGGCUGCUCUUGAGCAUGAGUACUUCAAGGACAUUGACUUUGUCCCUUAAUACGGUAUUAUCCUCAUCCCGAUGCAAAUGUAUAUUUAUUAUGUGCAUCUGUGAGGUUCUAAGUUAUCAGAUAUGAAACGCAUGAUAUCCGGGUGAAUCGGGUGAUGUUACCUCCCUGUUUUUGGUUUCUUGGGUGUGCUUCGGUUGUUGUUAUGGGCAAAGCAAUUCCGGACUUAACAGUAGCUCGUUCUUUCACUUGCUUAUCGCCCUCCUUCUGUGGUUGCUUCAUUUUUGUCGGGUUCGUUGUAGGAUCGGGUUGUUGUAAGACAUUUUAGAUUUGGCUUGCUCUUUAUAGUAGAUGUUAUGGUGUGCUUUUGGUUGCUUA